CCCCUCUUCUCAAGGCCCUACAAGCUAGGACGUCCUCCUACUCUGGUCCAUUUGCCACUGAGAUAAGGAAGACAACUGAUGAUUCCAUAUCUAAAGUUCUAGACUGGUUUAAUCGAAGUUCUCAUUCAGAAGACAAUAAGUUACCUCUCCAACAUCCCCAGAGAAUAGAGCUGAAGGAAGAGACAGACUCAGAAUCACCGAUUGCUACUGCCUUGGUGAGAGAUGACACCAUUCUAAAAGAACAUGGCUCGAAGGCUCUAUUGCCCACCAAAGUUAAACUGAGGUCUAUGGAAUCUGAUUCACCAUUCCAGGGAAAGGGAAAUACAUUGCCUUCUAGAACUUGCCAAAAUAAUAAUGUGAAUAUCAAUCCCAAAUCCAUUAUUUUGUCCCAACAAGGCAAGGAAGAUCCAGGCAUAUUGCAACCAUGUGAAAUCUAUGGCCCACAUCAAGGGAAUAAAACUAUGUAUUCUAGCCAUGGUUCAAAAAACAGAGGAGAAGGAAACUGGGCACUUUCCCCAAUCAACUAUCCUUACAGUGCUCUCAAAGGACCUGAGAGAGAAGACCAGGUUCCAUGCAACAUUAAGAAUGUUGGCAGCUUAAGUGAAGAAGAGCCUAAGCUUCAUGUUUAUGAAAAAAAUAGAAGAAACUCAGAAGUGAAUUUUGACUCUUCAACACUUGUCAAAGAACCAAGUUUGAAAGAAAAGAUGAAGGCAGAGCAAGAGAGCAAAGAAGGAGAUCCAUGCAUCCUGAAAACUCCUUUAGAGACAGAGAAUAUUGAGUCACUACAUGGGGCUACCAAAAACAAGUAUUGGAAGAAGCCGGAGGUCCAGUUACAAGAAACUGCUGAGGUUCCCAAGAACCAAGUGCAAAGAGAAAAAUACAAAAGAGUAAGUGAAAGAAUAUCUUUCUGGGAAGGCGAGAAAGCUGCUGCUACGUUAACUCAUAAAGAACCCACAUCGUCAUGCUGUCAAGGGAAACCUCCUGCUAAAGAAUAUCAGCCUGUGAAGUCCGUGGACAGUUUAUCUACAGGCCAGCGUGAAUAUAAUCAAGCUACUAGCAGACAAGUGGUCCUAGAUGAGAAUGGCCACACAGCCCAUCUCUCCAGUUUUUAUUCCUCAAAUAAACCUGAAGAGACCAGACCCCAGAUAUCAGGUCCAUCCAAAAACUAUCCUUCUGUUGACCAAUCAGGUGAAGUGUCUCCAUUUCAGAAUAAGAUAAAUGAACAUAUAAAAAGAUCGCCAGUGGCAGAGAGUUGCCAUUAUGAAAGGGACAGUACUUUACCGGCUUGGCAACAUUCUUUGAAUACUGGGAGUGCAGCGCAUUCGCCUUUGGAGAAAGACAAACCUCUAAUCAGUGAAUCAAAUCCCAACUUUAAAGUUAUGUCCCUAAAACAGAGAAUGGAUGAACCCAAUACAGAACAGGUCUAUAAUCACUCUCAAUUUGAGAAUUUAAGAAAGUUUUGGGACUUAGGAGCCAAUCCAAACAGUCAAGAAAAUGUUGGGAAGAAUACUAACACAGUAAGCCAAAAAUAUGUGGAGCCUUUUUAUAGCCAGAAACACAAACAAUUCAGUGACAUUAAAUCAUCAGGAAAGCAUAUCCACGAAAUAGGGAUGCUUCCAGGUAAAAAAAAAAUUCUGGCAAGAGAGGAAAUAGAGAAAUUAAAUUCAAAGCAUACACUCCAGGUGUUACCAGAUGAAACCACAUUUCCAUUGGGACCAUCCAGAAAGUCUACUCAUCAUUUGCCAGGAAACGAGUCAUCAAAGGAAAAUGUGGGAAAGAAUAUGAAAUGGCUUGUUACACCAGUGUUCAAGGAAGAAAAGGAUUACUCCGACCAAGAGGUUCAAGAAUCCAUAGUUAAAACAAGUGCUUUGUCUAAAGACUACAAAGACACUUUUAAUGACAGCUUACAGAAGCUACUUUCAGAAGCUUCAUCACUAGCCAUGCAUCCUUCGGGUGGAAAAGUUCAUGGAAAACAAAAGUCUGAACCAGAUAUUUCUGGAAAUAAAACAUGGCCUCAAGAUACAGGUUUUGCUGAGACUGAGGGAGAAGACAAAGGACAUAAGGAGAGCAUUUAUGAGCAUGUAGACAAAACAGUAGCUCCUCCGAAGGCUAAGCUGAACACUUUGACUGCUAGUCUAGACAAACUCCUAAAGGAAGCGACUGGAACUUCACCCUGUGCCUUGCCAAGUGUGUUGGAACCUGUUACCACUAGGAUCAGCUCUGAACCUGAAGAGGGUAGAGUUUAUGAAAAAGGGAUAGAAGGGACAGAAUGGAGUCACAGCACAUCAGCCUAUCAGAAAGAGCUAAUAGCUCCUUUUCCAAAGGGAAGCGAAACUUUGGUAAAUACAGCUCUCUCCCAGAAAUCUGGAAGUGGCGAAUGCCAGCCAAGCGCGGAGGAUGGGUGUCAGGUAGCUGCGGAAGGUUCUCAUCCAUCGGGUCCGUCUUCCCAUCUUUACAGAAAAGAUUCUUUUGGGAAUGUGGCCAACUCUCCCCAAGAGAGGCCUUCUUUCAGGGAUGCUCAUCUUGCUCCCCAGGAUGAGGCAUUACCUUCACGAAGGGAAAUUUCAGAGACUGUAGAAAAAGUCAUUCUGUCACCUAAACCUGCCUUGAAUGAUAUAAAUGUUGUAUUAGAAAAGCUACUGAGAGAAGCUGGCUAUCCAGUGGGGAGGGAAGUAGUGCCUGGGGAAGUAAAAGCAGAAUUUCUUGAAGGAGUCCAGGCAGCAGGUAGCCCCCCAAAUUCUACACCAGGGACUACAAUGGACGUUACAGUUCCAGACAGAGAUGAUUUUUGUUCCUUCAAUGUAGUCCCUGAUAAAACUCACAACGCUGGAUCUUAUUUAGCUGCUCGAGUGCCUGCAUCAGAGCAAACCCGUCGCUCAUGUGAUUCCCCUGUUACUCAGUGUGGCAAAGAGUUACCUCAGGAAGUGGCAGAAAUUGUGAGGGAAACAGUUAUUCAACCUAAAUCAGAGUUCCUAGAAUUCAGUGCUGGCUUAGAAAAACUACUGAAGGAAGCAGCUGAACCCCCUUCCUCAAAAUACGAAAGUGACCCAGGAACUCUUUCUUCAUCAAAGUUAACAGGUUCAGAAGAAGAACCCAGUCCUGUCUUGAAAACUUUGGAAAGGAGUGCUGCUAGGAAAAUGCCUUCCAAAAGUCUAGAAGACAUUUCAUCAGAUUCACCAAGUGAGAAUAAAGAUCAAGCAAAAGUAGAUAAUCUGCCAGAAGAAUUAGUACGUAGUGCUGAAGAUGAUCAAAAAACAGAUCAGGAACCAGACACAAAUGAGUGCAUACCAGGAAUUUCCACAGUGCCUUCACCACCUGAUAAUCCAUUUUCCCACCCUGACAAACUCAAAAGGAUGAGCAAGUCCGUUCCAGCAUUUCUCCAAGAUGAGAGUGAUGACAGAGAAACAGAUACAGCCUCAGAGAGCAGUUACCAGUUCAGCAGACACAAGAAGAGCCCGAGCUCUUUAACCAAUCUUAGCAGCUCCUCUGGCAUGACGUCCCUGUCUUCUGUAAGCGGCAGUGUGAUGAGUGUUUACAGUGGAGACUUUGGCAAUCUGGAAGUGAAAGGAAAUAUUCAGUUUGCAAUCGACUAUGUGGACUCACUGAAGGAGUUACACGUCUUUGUGGCCCAGUGUAAGGACUUAGCAGCAGCGGAUGUUAAAAAACAGCGCUCAGACCCAUAUGUGAAGACCUAUUUGUUACCAGACAAGGGCAAAAUGGGCAAGAAGAAAACACUUGUAGUGAAGAAGACUUUGAAUCCUGUGUAUAACGAGAUACUGAGGUAUAAAAUCGAAAAACAAAUCUUAAAAACACAAAAGUUGAACCUCUCUGUUUGGCAUCGGGAUACAUUUAAGCGCAAUAGUUUUCUAGGGGAAGUGGAACUUGACUUGGAAACUUGGGACUGGGACAACAAACAAAAUAAACAACUGAAAUGGUACCCUCUGAAGCGAAAGACAGCACCAACUGCCCUUGAAGCGGAAAACAGAGGUGAAAUGAAGUUAGCUCUCCAGUACGUCCCAGAGCCAAUUCCUGGUAAAAAGCUUCCGACAACGGGAGAGGUGCACAUCUGGGUGAAGGAAUGUGUUGAUCUACCACAGCUAAGGGGCAGCCAUCUAAAUUCUUUUGUUAAAUGUAUCAUCCUUCCAGAUACAAGUAGGAAAAGUCGUCAAAAAACCAGAGCUGUAGGGAAAACCACCAAUCCUGUCUUCAACCACACCAUGGUGUAUGACGGGUUCAGGCCUGAAGAUCUGACAGAAGCCUGUGUAGAGCUUACUGUCUGGGACCAUUACAAAUUAACCAACCAGUUUUUGGGAGGUCUUCGGAUUGGCUUUGGAACAGGUAAAAGCUAUGGUACUGAAGUGGAUUGGAUGGACUCUACUUCAGAGGAAGUUGCUCUCUGGGAAAAGAUGGUAAAUUCCCCCAACACUUGGAUUGAAGCCACUCUGCCUCUCAGAAUGCUGCUGAUUGCCAAGAUUUCAAAAUGAACCCAAAGUCGACUGGCUCCCACUGAAAACUACUAAGCAGGUGGAAUCUGAUCUUGCAAAUCUGACUGUGCAGAUUCUCGUCUGCUGCCUCUUGCCACUAAUGGAGGCUACACAGCAUGUUAAAGUCAACCUGCAUAUGGUUCUUUGGUUAGAAGUCCCAAAAGAUUUAAGCAAGAAUAACGUGUGUAACUUACUCGUGACUUCAGCAUGAGAGAAGAUAUUUGAGAAAGUUAGGAAAAUCAAACAGUUGCUGCUGCUUCAGAGAAAAAGCGAUAAAAAAAUAUUAAAUGUGGGGUGUUUCUACCCAGCAAAAUAUUCUAGUUUGCCGUCCUGUGUUUCACACCACAUGCCAUGCAGUUAGAAGGGCCUACUUGCUACUCAGUGGUUGAAAACCCUCGCAGGAACUGAAAAUAUGCAGUUUUUGGAAGAGAGGGACAGGAAAAAAACUCCUAGAAGGGGGGUAAAGGCAGAAUAUCGGUGAUAGUAAAGAACUGACCAUAGGAAAACUAUUUACUCUGUAAUCUCUGUUAAAAUACGGAAUUCCGGGUUAGGGCCGGAAGACUCAAUCUACUGCAUGUAUUCCUGCCUCUGAAAGUGCUUUCCCUGUCCCACUGUCAAAGUCUCGUUUGUGCUUUGGUGCCACCCACUGGCUCAUCGGUGGAAUUCAGCUUUUGGCUUAAUUUUCUCCUAAGAUCUCAAGCCUGUAUUUUGUAAUAGACUGUGUAAAACUAAACCAAAAACAAAAACCUUGCACAUAUAAGAUUCUGUCGUUCCUGUAACUCUAUGAAAUUAGCAUGAGAGUGUUCACAGAGAAGCUUUGCAAUGAAGUUUUAAUUAGAAUGUAAACUGUACUUCCUUAUGUAUGUAAAAUUUCAUGAAGUAUUUUGUAAAAACCCUCACAGUAAAUUACUAUAUGAUUUA